AUGCGACCUUCACCUCUUCACAUCGGAUUCAUCUCCCUCUUCUUGGGUGUAGUGAUAUCUGCGCCUUUAAAGACUGGAACGACUCGUGAUCUCGGAGCCGUAUCAGACGAGGGAUCGUCAACGGUAAAACGACAAAUACAAGGACGCGAUCACCCGGAAAAUGGGCAAGUCACACGAACACCAUCCGACGAUCCAGAAUCUUCAGCCGAGCUAGAUGGACUAUACAUGAUGAUGUUCCUCUCGGAAGAUGACGAGCCCGCUUCUGACAAGAGAGAAGCCGACGUCGAACUGGAUGGGUUAUACAUGAUGACUCGGGUCCACGGGGAUGACGAGCCCGAUACUGAAAAAAGAGACAAUAGUGUCGAGCUGGACGGCUUGUACAUGAUGGAUGCUCACGUCGAAGAUGAUGAGCCCGAGGUUGAUCGACGUGAGCCAGACGCAGAACUCGACGGACUAUACAUGAUGGCUGCGCACGUCGAGGAUGAGGAACCUGCGGUUUUUGAGAGAAACCCUGCUGGCGCUGAUGGCCUAUACAUGAUGUGGCUUAAAGAGGAGGAUGACGAACCAGAGGACGAGUAG